AUGUCGAACCUCGACAACAGCGGUAGCGGAUCAACGUCUCGUAGGCAGCCAUCCUCUCUCCCAUCAGAUGGUACCAUCGCUAUCCCUUCUCUCCUGUGCGUCUUAGCCCAAGCAGUAAACUUGUGGAAAACAAGACACGUCGAUUGGGAUGGUGAACAAUGGCCUACACCGUCAGAGAUGACAGUGAAUCGAUGGCAACUUCCCCCGGGUCACAUCAGAACUGAUUAUAGUGACUGGGAACCAGAAAACCCUUUUCAAGUCGUACACGAAAAACAUGACACCUCAGCUCUGGAGUCUCGGGAAGGGUACGAGCAAGAUGAAGUGGAUGGUAUCAUAGACAGAAUGGCUCAUAGAGCAAACAGUGGAGACGGAACAUAUCCAAUCCCUCCCUUUCACACUUCUGAUGGACAUGGGACUGGUGCAAAGGCUGCUUCAGAUACCUCGAUCAUGAUCCAUUCCGUCAGGGAUAUCACAAUUGAAAACACCUUAUUGGCCCAGAAUAGACCGCUCUUGGCAGAGACUAUAGACGUCGAGGGGUGUAUCAGUCGAACCCCACUUCUCCUAUCGCCCCCUUCUCAUACGCAACCCCUAAAGUCUCCGCCUCCUGAAGAUCCAGUGGAUGCCCUACUGACUCAAACUGAGGAGGAUUUCAAGUACUUUCACGCUCCUGAUGACCAAGAAGCACCGGCAGGUGAAUCUCCAGCCCCCGACACUGAUGUUGUCUCCGAGGUUCCUGAAUCUACACCUUCAAACGAACCAGCUCACAUUGUUCGACGCCGCGACGAACACGAUGACUUCGCUCACCUGUGCUCAAUGAUACUUGAGCCGCACCCUUUCCCAGAGCUAGUUUAUGGAGUCUCACAAGCCGGCAAUUUUGUCUUGACCCACUUUUCGCCCACAUCAAAGUCAAAAAAAAGCAACGGAGAAAAACCGUCAGAAGAUAUGGAUAUCGAUGAAAGUGAUUCUCAAUAUCAGACAUUUUCUCCUCCAACCGCAAAAGUUGUCCCCUUGCUUAUCGACAUUUCCAUCCCAUCUAAACAUACCGUUCACAGUGGGGACGAUUCGUGCACACCCAUCUCACCGGAACUCAGAACACCUACGGAUACUCAAUCUGACCGACGUCAGCAAAUUGCUCCGCACAAAUUACGACAAGGUGACGCGAACACUGAGAUAGCUGAUCCUAGCUUCAAGAUGCUUGAUAUUGCUAGUUUCCAACUGAAAAACACGGGCUCCACUAUUGUUGAGAUCAUUCAGCUUUCGUCUCCACCUCCUACACCCACGUAUGAAACUGGGAAUCUCAGGCAGCAACUUGUGCGAGAGAAGAAUUUCAUCGAUGAUGACCGAUCUUCCUUGUAUCAACGCUCGGAGCAUUCCGGUCCUUAUGCAAGAGCUUCAUUCGCCAAAAGGACACCCCGAUCGCUUUCUCCCUCUUCAAACGUCGCUGUGACAUUUCCUCCCGCUUUCAAGGAAAGAAACAAGGCUCCUCUGAAGAGUCGGAAGGGGAUCAAAACCCUCAACGAUGUGUCCUGUCGAUCACGUCCAUUGAUCGUCAGCCCGCUUCAAUCCUCACCAUUAUUUCUCAAGAGGAACCUCAAGGCUAGCCUUCAGUGCAAUCGAGAUACAAAGACUUCCACCCCAUCAUCUACGACCUUCGAGGCUUUUGCUCUAUGUCAGUCGCCAAGUCCUAAAAAUAUUCUUUCUCACGGACUUCUCAACCGUCUGGACCGAGUCACGAUGGACACGUGUCCUUUACAACUGAAAUACCAAAGAGAGGACGUCUUACCAAUUGCAGUGGUCAAAAACAAAUAUGGAACACGCUCUCCAUCUCGCUCACCAUCCCCUUCAUCGAGUGCGCGAUCUUCCUCAGGUUAUAACCCUUUAAGCAAACCUGCAUCUCCUGAAGAUGCCUCCAAAGACGAUAAGCAACAAGUAUUGGACCACAUUGCACAAGAAUCGUGCCUUGUCAACACUGUGAUCCUCGUUGACAGCAAGCAAUCACGUGCGAACGGGGAUCACAACGUGACAUUGGCUGAUCAGGAGGUCGAGGUUGGAGCAGGAUGUGAAGAAGAUGGAGAAUUCGAAUUGAUCUCCGAAUCCAGUCCGGUCACAACUUCCCCACUGCAGGACGAUAUGCCCGCUCCGUUGUUUCCGCGCUCAAGAGAGUUUGAGAAGGAAGAAGACGAAGACACCACCUUCAUAUCCAUAGCUCCUGCUUCUGUUCCCUUGGAGCAACCCGCUGUGAAGCAGAAGGGCAAACCAGGUCGAAAGCCAAAAAGCGAGACGCAAGCACCUUCGGCGUUCUCCAAUCUUCAAGCGCAGCAAGCCAACAAUCGACCAGCUUCAAAGCCAGUCAAGGAUACUAGGUCUCAACCAGCAACGAAGAGAUCUGGCACACGCGCUGCCAUGGCGCGAUCAGACGCGGUGACGAGUGCCAUACUCAAGAGAAGAAGAGCUGCCACAUCCGUUCCUUCGAUUACAAGGGGUCGAACCACGUUUGCGCCUAAACCCAGUGGCCAAGGAUAUACCAAGCAGAAGACCACAAAAGGAGGUGUCUCGUCAUCAGCUUCAAACCGCAUCACUUGUGCUGUCCCGCAAAGUGUGAUGAUACCAAUCAACGCGAAGGGCAAGAGAGGUAAGGCGUAUGUCGAGCCUAUCCGAUCACCUUCAGUCUCAGAAGAAGAAUCUGAAGAGGAGUACCAACCUGUAAAGGAGAAGAAAUUCAGCAUGGGUGAACCUGGACCGGUCAAACCAAUUGGCCGAUCACAGACCUUUGCUAAUGUUUAUCAGCCUGCCCAAAGAAAAGCCGCCGAAGAAGCCACCAAAGCAUGGCAAGCGUCACUUCACAAACGCUCGAAAAGAGCGCUAAGUCCUGCUACCCCAGGACCUAACCCAUUGGAGUUGGGAAACCCUCCUGUUCGUCCCGAUGGAGAGAGAGUCUCGAAGAAAAGUAGAGCUUCGAAUCCCCCAAGACGUAAUUAUACAGCAGAAGAGGACGCCUUUAUCCUUUCUAUAUGGGAUAUCACAACCUCGAAUGGUCUAUCAGUGGCAGCCAAAGUUGUGGAGAAAAUGGUUUCAGCAGGUUGGGAAGCGAGGACUCAUCUAGCAAUGAAAUGGCGAAUGUCUGAAUUGAAGAAACAUCCAGAUCUUGUUUCCAGGGCUAAAGGUGUGAAAGCCUGUCCCAGUAUUGAUGAAUCCGAGCUCGCCGAUUAG